AUGGGAAGAGCACCAUGUUGUGAUAAGAAGGGGCUGAAAAAGGGGCCAUGGGCUCCUGAGGAAGAUGAGAAGCUGCUGGACUACAUUAACAAGCAUGGUCAUGGCAGCUGGAGAUCUCUCCCCAAGCUUGCAGGUCUUCUUCGUUGCGGGAAGAGCUGUCGGUUGAGGUGGACAAACUAUCUGAGGCCAGACAUCAAACGUGGGCCUUUCAGCCCUCAAGAAGAAAAGCUUGUCAUACAAUUGCACGCUAUUCUUGGCAACAGGUGGGCCGCAAUAGCCUCUCAGCUUCAGGGCAGAACAGACAAUGAGAUCAAGAACCUAUGGAACACUCACCUCAAGAAACGGUUGCUCCUAAUGGGCAUCGACCCUGACACCCACGAGCCCAUCUCGACGCCAAGUGGCGCUCCCUCGGCCCGCCACAUGGCACAAUGGGAGAGCGCCAGGCUAGAGGCCGAGGCCCGCCUGUCCCAAGAAUCCCUCUUGCUCCCCUCCUCAUCGUUUGCCAACAAGUCCGAGUCCGACCUCUUCCUGCGCCUGUGGAAUUCUGAAGUCGGGGAAACUUUUCGAAACUUGAAAAGUGGAGGGAAAACUCUGUCAGAAAAUGGUGCCAUCCAAAGAGAGCCUAAUCCGACUCCUCCCGAGGGCAACAAAUGUUGUGACGAGUGUGUGAGCUCGAACGAGCCCCAAGAUUCGGAUGAAGACGAAGAAUCUACCUUGGACCUGCUUUUGGAUUUCCCGAGCGAUGACAUGAGCUUCUUGGAAAACGGCGAAGGCUGCUGCUAUAGCGGCUUGUACCCUGGCAUUUUAGACCGUAAGCCGAUCGUGUAG